CACAAGUGAACGACUGACUGAAUCAUAUGUUCGACUUCGGAUUUGUAAUCAUUAUCAUUUCUACACUUAGCCGACUUCGGAAAUUUUUUUAUCAAAAUUUUACCAAUAAAAUAAUGUGAAAUUUUAAAGGUGAAAAAUGAAGGAUGUGGACGAGUGUUUUUUAAGUAAAUUGAAAACGUUUGAUGGCGUUGUCCUAUCCGAUGACGCUUCUUCUUCUGGACUAUGUAGUAACGUAAAUUUUUACAUAGAUAAUAAGGAAAACUUUGCGGAUUUUUUAAAACACCUAAAAAGAGAUGGCUACGAGUUCAGCAAGAGAAAUUCUCGCUGUUUGGAAGGUUCUGUGCAAACUGAAAUAAAUGCAUUAGAUGUAAAAAUCCCAUACUUUGAUCAUCCUUUCGUAAAAGUUCAAACCUCCUACUAUGAAUGCAGUCACGGUGCGAAGUAUUUUAAAUCAAAAAAUGAUAAUGUGCAACAUCAAGAUCAUCCGGUUUGUAAAAAAAAGAAAAGAUUCCGAAUUCAAGACACGAAAAAAAUGAACUGCCCUGUUGUUAUGAAAGUGACUCGAAUUGUAUAUUUCCCCAAAGUUGAAUUGAAAAAAGAUGUUAGCUCUUUUAAAAGGAAAAAAACCAAGAUGAUGAACGAAGUACGUAGAGUAUUGCAACUGUCCGGUGAUAAAAAUGGUGAACUGGAGGGUAAAGAACGGUAUUACUGCACGUUUUCGUUGCCAAGCAAUCACAAUCAUCCGAUAAUGACCGCUUAUUUGAAUCAAAAAUUGGACCCUUCCAUCCAAGAAGAGAUUAAAAAACUUGUCGAAAAUGGUAUAACAAAUACGUACUUCGUGAAAGCUGCCCUGAAGAAGUUUGUAUCUGAAAUGCCAAAUGGAAAUAGCAUACCUCGGAUGUCUAAAGCGUUCUACCCAUCCAUUAAAAUCAUUUCCAAUUACAUCGCUAAAUUUACGUUGGAAAAUCGAGUAAGCAACAUCGAUCAAGUUGCAUUGCUAUCAAAAGUGAAUAAAUGGGAAAAGAACAAGUCCUGCAGUAUUUUCUACCGUCCGCAUGAUACUGAGAAUGAUUUUUUACUUUGCUAUCAAACUACAUGGCAGAAACAACUAUUGAAAACGUUCGGUGGAAUCACUCUUCUAGAUGCAACUUACAAAACUGUGAAAUAUGCCCUGCCAAUGUUUUGUAUUGCUGUCAAAACGAAUGUAAAUUAUUGUAUCGUCGGAAUGUUUAUCACGCUCUCGGAAUCUUCUGAGAAAAUAAAGGAGGCUCUCGAAAUAUUUAAAUCAUGGAACCCAGAUUGGAAUCCAGAAUAUUUUGUAGUCGAUUAUUCGGAAGCGGAAAUUAAUGCUAUAAAAUCGGCAUUUGGAUGCUACAUUUACCUAUGUGACUUCCACCGAGAACAGUCCUGGGGAAGAUGGACAAAAAAACGUGAUAAUUUAGAUUAUGCUUCCGAUGAAGAUGAAAUUAUGGCGAUUUUUAGAGCAUUUGCGAACUGCAAAAGUAAGUCAGAAUUUGAGGAGAAAAUUGAAGAUCUCAAAUCUAAUGACGUGUUUAUUCGAAACCCAAAAGCACUUCGUUACUUCGAAAAUACCUGGUUGCCUGUCAAAGAAAUGUGGAUAAGGUGCUUUUUUCCUGAUGAAUUUGUAUUUAAAAUUUCCACGAAUAAUGGGAUCGAAUCGCAAUUUAAAAUGCUAAAAUACGGAUACCUAAAAGUUCGUAAUGUAAACACCUUAAGCGAGUUAAUGACGUUAAUGAUUGAAGAAGUUUUCUACGAUUUGCUGAAUAAAUACACCCAAAAGAACUCGUCGCUUUAUCAUGGUUAUAAACUGUAUAACAAAGAGAUUCCUCAUUUUCUUCAAAACCGUCCGAAGCCAUUUAUCAAACACGUCUGUAAACGAUAUGACACUGCUGAAGAGUACUCUUAUGAUUCAAUUCUCUUUGAAGGUGGAAAAUUGAAAGUUCGUAGCAAAACGAAUCCUCUUACUCUUUAUGAAGUAGAUUUUACCAAACCAUCUUGUAAUUGUGAAGAUUUUUGGCGAUACCGGCUUCCAUGUGUACAUUUCUGUGCAGCUUUUCUAUACUUACCGCAUCUGCUCUCUUUUGAAGAUUUGCCUGAAACGUAUCGAAACUCUCCAUACAUCACGAUCAAUAAGGAUUUCAACCUAUUUGAAAAUCAACCACAAUGCGAUUGGAAUGCUGAAGCUCAUUCGAAUUACCAGUCUAUUGAAUGUUGUACUAAUACUGCAGAACUUGGCUCGGAUAACAUGACGAAGAAUACAAAUGUGUUCGUUGAAGAAGUUUCCUCAGUUAAUGUGAAUGAGAAAAACCAAGCUCAAGACGAUGUUGAAAAUAAAAAGAAAGAAAAAAAAAUUCGUAAUAUCCGAGAAAUCUGUAAAAUGUUGAUCGAUAAGACAUAUAACAUGAGUUAUGAACAUGAUAAAGUUCAAGUAAUUGAAACGUUGCUUCAAGAAGUUGAUGUAAAAAUGAACGAGUUACAAUCCUUUGAAUUUUUACCUCUACGAAGUAUUGAAAACAAGAAAAGAGGACCAGGAUCACAGCUGCGAGACCUACCUAAACGAAAACGAUUGAAGAAAACCAAAGCUGCCGGUGAAAAUGAUGCUAGUGCUAUUGCAAUGAAUCUAGUUAUGGAGGAAGCUACACCAGUGCUGAUUGAAAGCACUUUAAUCGAUAAUAUAUUAGUCUAAUCCGCAAUAUGUUAGUCUUGUCUCUUAUAAGUUGAAACGUUAUAUUUUUUAGUUACUCAACUCUAGUAAUAGACAUCAAACAAACUAUUUUAUUAUACUCACUUAUUAUAGGUACCUUAAGAUUUAAGAAUGAUUAAUUCUAAUCGUUACCUCGAAUUUUUGUACCUUUUAUUAUUUUUAGGUAUACUUCUGUUUCGUUUUUCAUUUAUGAUAAUUUAAGUCUACCUAUUUUGUUACUUUCGUUUAUGAUUAUUGAAAAUUCAAGUCUUGUAAUUUUCAUUAUUGGUGCCGAAGAAUGAUUAUUUCUAAUCGUUACCUCGAAUUUUUGUACCUUUUAUUAUUUUUAGGUAUACUUCUGUUUCGUUUUUCAUUUAUGAUAAUUUAAGUCUACCUAUUUCGUUACUUUCGUUUAUGAUUAUUGAAAAUUCAAGUCUUGUAAUUUUCAUUAUUGGUGCCGAAGAAUGAUUAUUUCUAAUCGUUACCUCGAAUUUUUGUACCUUUUAUUAUUUUUAGGUAUACUUCUGUUUCGUUUUUCAUUUAUGGUUAUUUUAGUCUACCUAUUUCGUUACUUUCGUUUAUAAUUAUUGAAAAUUCAAGUCUUGUAAUUUUCAUUAUUGGUGCCGAAAAAUGAUUAAUUCUAAUCAUUACCUCGAAUUUUUGUACCUUUUAUUAUUUUUAGGUAUACUUCUGUUUCAUUUUUCGUUUAUGAUAAUUUUAGUCUAUUUCGUUACUUUUGUUUAUGAUUAUUGAAAAUUUAAGUCUUGUAAUUUUCAUUAUUGGUGCCGUAGUGUUACCUAAAGACCUAAGACCUAAACUUUCAAGUGUUUGAUUUUCCAAGUCAUUAUUAUUAUUAUUAUAUUGGCAGUUAUGUACUUUUAUUUUUAUUAAAGAACUGUCAGAAGUAAAUAAACGCAAUUGUUCAUGAUAUUUCAAAUUUUUAUCAAUUUGGGUACUUUCAUAAAGAAAAAAAUACGUGAACUCUUCUCUAUUCAUUGAAAUAAAAAACAACAACUCAUAUGUUCGAAGUGCGAAGAAAAAAGAACGAAUCUGCACUGAUUCUUCAUAGGCAUGUUCCAUGAACGUGGUGAGUAUAGACCAUCUCUUUUAUCAUGUACCGCCCUUUUUAUAGGUAGGUAUUCGUAUGGGUUUUUAAUCCAAUUAGUUAUUCAUGUAACUUAUUCAUGAAAUAUAGUAUUUUUUAAUUGUU